ACACGUUGUUGCGUCAUAUACCUGCGACAAUCACAUUGUUGAAGGAAGCAACGUUUCCAUUUCUGGCUUUAUUAUUUGGCUUGUUUUCCUUCACCUUUCAUUAUUUUUUUUUCAGCUGUCAAGCUCAAUGUACUACUAAUAUUGAUGCAAACAUUGUUUAUGAGUGGUUUAUUAUCAGUCUAGUUCGCGAAUAUGACUGAAAUUGUUUCAAAGUCGAGUGACCAGACAACAAAUGGAGUUUUGGACAUGGAGCUGCUUCACAUCGACGUGCUGGAGGAGGAGGAGGAGGAGGAUCUGGAUGUGGAUGUGGAUGUGCUGCGGGGCGCCCCAGAGGGAGAGCACGCAUCCCUUUCAAAGAACGUGUUGCGGAAGCAGCGGCACUGGGAGAGGAAACUCGCCGCCAGAAAGAGCAAAAGAAAGGAGGAGAAACUAAGGGGGAAGCUCAAUCGGCACUCAGAAGGGGUGGAACAACCUCAUCUCAGCAAGCGGCUCAUGAAGGCGCUCACCAAAGAGCGCUUGGCUGAGGCUCGCUCCAGCGGCCUCAAAGUGUGCGUUGACCUCGGCAUGAGCCACCGCAUGUCUGACAAGGAAACGAGCCGGCUGGCAGCUCAGUUGCGGCGUCUGUACGGAGCCAACAAAAGGGCAAGCAAACCCUUCCAUUUGUUUCUGACAAGCUUCCGGGAGGACAGUCGCCUCCUUGCAGAGUGCGUGCGCAUGAACGCCGGCUUCCUCGAUUACGCGAUGGAAAGAACAGAGCGAAGCUGUCUGGACCUUUUCCCUCCAGAAAGGGUCGUCUACCUCUCGCCCGACGCUGAAGAAGCUUUGGAGCGUGUGGACCGCGACGACGUGUACGUCCUCGGAGGGCUCGUGGACGAAAGCGUCCAAAAGACGCUGAGCCUCUCCAGGGCCAAAGAACUGGGCGUCCGCGUGGCGCGGCUCCCGAUAGACGAACACAUGCAGAAGAUGCCGAACGGCAAGAACUUCCACUCGAAGAUCCUGGCAAUCAAUCAGGUCUUGGACAUCAUGCUGACUGUGUCGCACACGGGCAGUUGGACACACGCUCUGGACAAGUCCUUCCCCCGGGGGAAGGGUUACGUGGUCGCGCAGCACGCAGGACAAUGCCAAACCACAUUCUGCACGUGUUACAACAGCGUGGCUUCGUGGUCAAAGAGUGCGGGUACUCGACUGGCCUGCCUGCAGUCCAGACCUGUCUCCCAUUGAAAAUUAUGAAGGGUAAAAUACGACAACGGAGACCCCGGACUGUAGAACAGCUGAAGCUGUACAUCGAGCAAGAAUGGGAAAGAAUUCCACCUCCAAAGCUUCAACAAUUCGUGUCCUCAGUUCCCAAACGUUGUUCAAAGAAAAUGUGAUGUAACACGGUGGGGAACAUGAUGAGCCUGUCCCAGGUUUUUGGCAACGUGUUGCAGCCAUCAAAUUCCAAGUUAAUGAUUUUUUGCUCAAAACAAUCAAGUUGAUCAGUUUGAACAUGAACUAUCUUGUCUUUGUAGUGUAUUCAAUGAAAUACAGGUUGAACAUGAUUUGCAAAUCAUUGCAUUCUGUCUUUAUUUAUGUUUAACUCAACGUCCCAACUUCAUUGGAAUUGGGCUUGGAUGUGUAUGUAUGAUGCUACAUAUAUGAAUUUGUGGAAGUAUUCUUCCGUCGUUAAAUGUAAAAUUGAACGUUACAAAUACAUAAAACCUGACAUAUAGGAUGCAAACCUGAAAUUAUUGAAAGAAAAAAAACAAUUAAAUAAUAAUGUGUGACUUGGU